UCUCCUUUUUACUAUUUAACGCGAGGUAUAACAGCGGAGGGUGUUUGUUCGAGCUUCUAGGCGCUGGGAAUCCCAUGGCAAGGUGAGUGCUUUGGAGCUUGCUAGAUCGAGGGAUGGGGCGGAGGAGCCAGAAGAGCGCCAUUGCGAAUCGAGAAGGGGGAGCUGCCGGGGAGGAGGAGGCGACCCACAAGCCCAGGAAAUCGAAAUCCGGGAGGACUGGGAGCAAGGGCGGAAGGCCGAGAACUAGGGAUCAGGAGGAGCCGUGUAGCUCGUCGCGGGCGGAGGCGGAGAGGGAGGCGAGGCGGCGGAGGAAGAAAAUGCGCGGCACGCCCAUCGGCCAUUGUGUGAGCAAUGCCGACGCCACUGCCACCGCCAAGAUCAUGAAGCAAGUCAAGUACUACCUUAACUCUAUGAAGUUGGAGCAAAGCUUCAUCGAUGCCUACGCCAACGAUGGCUGGAAGGGACAGAGCCGAGAGAAAGUUCGGCCCGAGAAGGAACUCGAGAGGGCUACCGCAAAGAUACUCGGCUGGAAGCUCAAAAUCCGGAAGGCCGUCCAGGAGCUCGAUAAGAUGUGCUUGGAAGGCUCGAUUCUAGACUCGGCUUUUGACGCUGAUGGACAACUUGACUACCAAGAGAUUUUCUGUGCCAAAUGCCACUCUCACGAGGCGGAAGUGGACAAUGACAUUAUUCUUUGCGAUGGUUUUUGCAACCGAGGAUUCCAUCAAAAGUGCCUGAAUCCACCACUAGCAACGGAGGACAUUCCUCCCGGUGACGAAGGCUGGAUGUGCCCGAUCUGCGAUUGCAAGUCGGACUGCGCAUCGUUUCUAAACGACCACUUAGGCACGGACUUCGAUGUCGAGAUGAGCUGGGAGAAAUUUUUCCCCGAGGCAGUUGAAGGUAGUAAUACUAUUGUAGCUGACGAUGCGGUCCAGGAUCUUCCAUCCGAGGACUCUGACGACGAUGACUAUGAUCCGGAUAACAAAGAUAAGGAACAGGAAAAGCUUGCCAACGGCAAGGGAGCUAAAGCCAACGAAGCUGGGGAAGAACAGGAUCAAGCAGGAGACGAUGACGACGAAAACGACGAUAGCAGUGGCGAUGACUCCGGGGGUGGUGAUGACUCCGACUCCGACGAUGGAACGACCGACUUAUCCGGCGAGGAGCCUCUCUCGGCUGCGGAGGAGGACGAGGACGAGAAAGAGAAAGAGGGAGACGAGGAAGGCGGCGGCAGCAAGAAAGACUCGGACGAAGUGUCCGGCAAGAGGCGGCGGAGAGACGUAGAUUACAGAAAGCUCCACGAUGAGAUGUUUGGAGUGGAGUACGAAUGGGCCGAGGCUUUCCAGAGCGAGGACGAGGACUACGGCCCUUUGAAGAGGCCCAGGAAGCAACGAAGCGAGAGAAAAACCGAUAGAAACGAGCAAAACCAAGACCACGGCGAGAACCAGGAUGGUUUCAGCGAUAAGUCGAAGAGAAUUCCUCCGGAAGCUGUACAGAGAUUGAGAGAAGCUUUCGACCGGGACCAGCUUCCCUCGCGGGAUAGCAAGGAAGCGAUCGCAAAAGAGCUGGGCCUCUCUUACAGGAAAGUGGACGUGUGGUUUAAGAACGUAAGAACGCAAGCCUUGAAGAAGGCCAAGAGCGACGAGGCCGAGAACCAAACGCUGCUCACUCAAGUCAGCCAGGCGGAGCUCAAGCUCGAGGAUUUAAAGAGAGCUAUGGAGGCUGUGCGGCACUUGGAGGUGCUCAAGCUCUCGUCAUACGCGCAGGGCUUCUACGAGAACUCGGUUGUGGACGUCAACCGUGGAAAGAGGCUCGUCUACAUGCCAGUAGCCGAGGUUGUAGAACAAGGUGGCACCAAUCCAUUGUAAAAUAGAUAGAAACUUACAUAGAGAACUCGCUAAGUUCUUUGAUCUA